AUUUUAUUAAUUAAUUUAACUCAUUCAUAUAUAAUAAAAAAUGUGUGGUAUUAGCGGUAUAGUUAAUUGGUCAAUUAAUAUAAAUAAUAAAAAUCAAAAUGAAAUUAUUAAAAAAAUGAAUGAUUCUAUAAUCCAUAGAGGACCUGAUGGAGAGGGUUUUUAUUUUUCAAACCAUGCUUUAGUUGCACAUAGAAGAUUAACAAUUAUUGAUGCAGAAGGUGGCAAACAACCCAUGAUAUAUAAAAAAGAUGGUGUUGAUGACCACGGUAAUCAAUUAUCAUCAUCGGUAGUAUUAUCAUAUAAUGGUGAAUUAUAUAAUUUUCAAGAUUUAAAAAUAGAAUUGGAAAAACUUGGUCAUAAAUUUAAAACAAGAUCUGAUACAGAGGUUAUUCUAUUAUCAUAUAUUGAAUGGGGUGAAAAAUGUUUAUCAAAAUUUAAUGGAGUUUUUGCAUUUGCAAUUUAUGAUGAAAGAAUAUCCUCAUUAUUUUUAGCAAGAGAUCGUAUUGGUGUAAAACCAUUAUACUAUACUAUUAUUGGGGAUGAUGGUAAUACAAUUUUAUUCGGUUCUGAAAUUAAAGUAUUAUUAGCUCAUCCAUCAGUUAAACCAUAUGUUGACGUUGAAGGUUUAAAUAAUUUAUUUACAAUGGGACCAUUUAAAUCACCAGAUAAUUGUAUUUAUAGAGAUAUCAAGAGUGUACCUGCCGGAAAUUAUAUUAAUUUUAAAAAAAUAGAAAAUAAUAAACCAAAUGAAAAAGUCAAUAUUAAUUCGCCAUCAUCCAAAUGUCAAGAAUAUACAAAUUUUAAAAUGAAUAUUAUUGAAUAUUGGAAUUUAAAAAGUUUAAAACAUACAGAUAAUAUUGAAGAAACAACAAAUAAAGUUUUAAAACUAUUUAAACAAAGUGUUGAAAAACAAUUAGUUUCUGAUGAACCUGUUGGAUUUUUAUUAUCAGGCGGACUUGAUUCAAGCUCAAUUGUUGCAAUUACAUCAAAAGAAAUUCAGCCCAAUUCAAAACUUAAUACAUUUUCAUUAUCAUUUGAAAAUGAAGAAUCUGAUUUUCAAGAAGAUUAUUUACAUAGAGAUAUUGAUGAACCUUUUUCCAAAUUAGUUUCAAAAGAUUGUUCAACUAAUCAUAAAACGGUAUUAAUUAAUUCAAAAAAUAAUUUAUUUGAUCUCAAUAUUUAUAAACCACUUAAAGCUUUUGAUUAUCCCAGUAUUGGAAAUGCUGAUACCUCAAUGAUUCAAUUAUUUAAUGAAAUUAAAAAUGAUCCAAGUAAUUGUAAAGUAAUUUUAUCAGGUGAACUAUCAGAUGAAGUAUUCUCCGGAUAUACAUGGUUUUAUGAUGAAAGAGUUAUUUCAAAUGAUAUUUUUCCAACAUUAGUUGGUGUAGAAUUAUAUAAUGAUUAUAAUCUCUAUUUAAAAGAUGAAAUUUUAGAAAAAUUAGACUAUAAAAAUUUUAAAGAUAGAAAAUUUGAUGAAUUAAUAAAUCAAGUACCAUAUUUAAUGGAUGAAGAUAAUGUUGGUGAAGAAAAUCAAUUACAAAAGAAACAAAGAAUAUUAUCUUACUUUUUCAUUAAAAAUCUUGGCCAUUAUUUACUAGAAAGAAAAGAUAGAUGCAGUAUGUCAAAUUCAAUUGAAGUACGUGUACCAUUUGGCGAUCAUGAUUUAAUUGAAUAUUGCUGGAAUAUUCCUUUUGAUAUAAAAUCAAUUGAUAAUAUUGAAAAGGGUAUACUACGUCGUUCAAUUGGCAAUCUUUUACCAAAAGAAAUCCAAUAUCGUAGAAAAAGUGCAUAUCCUCUUUCUUGUGAUAUCAAUUUCUUUUAUCAUUUAUGUGAUCAUAUGGAGUUGGUUUUAAAUGAUUCAACAUCACCAAUUCAUCAAUUUAUUAAACCUGAACCAAUUUAUCAAAUCUUAAAAAAUAAACUAAACCUUGAUAACCCAAAGAAGGAAAGUAAAUUAUUUGAACAUUUACUUUUAACAAAUCAAUGGAUAAAAGAAUAUAAAAUAUUAUUUGUUUAAAAUAAAAUAAAAUUAAAUAUUUAAUC